UCCAGAGACGUGGAAGCCUACCCAGAUACAACCUUGGUGGCCAAGUAGCAUGCAAAAAACCCCCUCCCACCUUUCUCUCUCUGUCUCUCUCUCUGUCUCUCUCUCUCUGUCUUCCAAAAAGCAGAGCACCCCUUUCGCACUCUCAGACCGACAUCAACAAUUGAAGGAGAACAAUUGAAGAUGGAGGGCGGCGGCGGAGAGGCUGCGAAUAGGAAGAGAGCUGGGGUGGACAACGACAAGCCGUACAAGGGGAUACGGAUGAGAAAGUGGGGCAAGUGGGUGGCCGAGAUUCGAGAACCCAACAAGCGCUCUAGAAUCUGGCUUGGUUCCUACUCCACUCCUGUCGCCGCCGCUCGGGCGUACGACACGGCGGUUUUUUACUUGCGGGGUCCCUCCGCGCGGCUCAAUUUUCCAGAGGCUUUGCCGGUCGAAGGUGGCUGCGGGUGCGGUGACAUGUCGGCAGCUUUGAUACGCAAGCGGGCCACCGAGGUCGGCGCCCGGGUAGACGCGGUCGAAACGGCUCUGCGACACCACCGCGGUUCGGCGGCAGGGAACGGAGACGGCGAUGAGAUUAAACCCUGCUUCGCCGGAUGCGUGGAUCGGGUCGACCUGAACAAGAUGCCCGACCCGGAGAAUUCGGAAGGUGAGUGGAAUUAGAGAGAGGUUGUCUUAAUCUCUUGCGGUUUUAAAAAUUGAGGGGUGGCCUUUGCUAACGUGCGUAGGGGAGGUAUGUGACUGCUGAAGCAAUGAUGAAGCUUUCGUCCUGGUCCUGGAAAUUAGAAUUUCGCCUACUGUAUCUCUUUUUUUUACCCUUUUUUUUUCAGAAAAUUUUUGCUUUGGAUGGAGAAAUUUUGGCCAUAUAUAAAAACGUGAUGUAAGAUGUAAAUUAUGCUACUAAUUAGCUUAAUUUCCCCCUUUUUUCUGUAUUUAUUCCUUUUAAUUUUGGGUAAUUAACAUUUGCUCGUAUAAGGAAAUGUUGAGUCUUGUAGUUCAGAUGGUUAAGAGCAGCACCGAGUUUUUGUGUUC